UUAUAAUUACUUGUGAUUAAUUGUAACGAUAACACAUGAAGUUCUGAUGAAAGAUGGAGAGAGGUAUCAGUAAAAUACUUGACAUAUCGUGGAGAUUUGGAGUGACUACAGCAAGUAAUGAUUGCGACAAUGUUGCAAAGUCAUUUCUACAACUUAAGUUAUGUCUUGAGGAUGAUGGUAUAGUCAAGAAUGUGUUUACUGAAAUGACAAUAGGACAAUUUUACAAAUUUCUACAUGAUUUGGAAAAGGCAAAAUAUAAUCUUGAUUUAUUGUUGUAAACAAAUAU